AGCCUAGUCCACCGCCCGAACGUUCUCCAGGCUUCCACUGCCUUCCACAUCCUUCGCUUCGGUUCUCCUGCUUUUGCUUCUUCUCCAAAACCCUGGAAAAAUUUUUGCCCUAAACCCUCAACUCGCUAAGCUUCGUCUCCAUGGCCACCCGAUCUGCCGCCGCCAAGCUCGCCAGGUCCGCCCGUGCCGCGGCCCGUGCCCGGGCCGCCUCCUCCCUCGCCGUUUCCGCUCCCCGCAUAGCCGGAAUCCCUUCCGUCUCGUCUCGCUCAUCUAAUGACACCAUUAGAGCCAUUGCUUCCUUUCGAAGUACGCUCCAGAGCCGCUGCUUUCACUCGUCGUUGCCCUCUCAGUCCAGCACUGGCGGCUCGCCCCAGAUUAGUGAAGGGGAACUUACACAGAUGGCAUUAGAAGGAAUUAUUGGUGCGGUUGAAGCCGCUCGAGUGAACAAGCAACAAGUUGUAGAAACGGAACAUUUAUUGAAGGCUCUCCUGGAGCAGAAGGAUGGUUUGGCAAGACGAAUUUUCAGUAGAGCUGGAAUUGAUAACACGACAGCAUUGCAGGCCACUGUUCAAUUUAUAUCCCAGCAACCAAAGGUGAUUGGUGACACAAGUGGACCUAUUUUUGGGCAAAAUCUUUUGAGUCUCUUGGAAAAUGCCAAGAAAUACAAAAAAGAGUUUGGAGAUGAGUUCUUAUCAGUUGAGCACUUUAUUCUAUCAUUCUAUUCAGACAAAAGGUUUGGGCAACAAUUUUUCAAAAAUCUUGGACUUGGAGAAAAAGAGCUGAGAGAUGCUAUAUCAGCAGUCCGUGGAAGCCAGCGUGUCACUGAUCAGAAUCCAGAAGGGAAGUACGAAGCAUUGGUGAGGUAUGGGAAUGACCUGACAGAACUUGCCAGGCGAGGUAAGUUAGAUCCUGUUAUAGGCCGUGAUGAUGAGAUUCGGCGUUGCAUUCAGAUAUUGUGCAGGAGAACCAAAAACAAUCCUGUUAUAAUUGGUGAACCUGGUGUGGGGAAAACUGCCAUAGCCGAAGGUUUAGCUCAGCGGAUUGUACGAGGGGAUGUUCCUGAACCUUUAAUGAACAGAAAGCUGAUCUCAUUGGAUAUGGGGGCGUUAAUUGCUGGUGCUAAAUUUCGUGGGGACUUUGAGGAAAGAUUGAAAGCUGUUCUGAAAGAAGUUACUGCUUCUAACGGACAGAUCAUCUUGUUUAUUGAUGAAAUCCACACUGUUGUUGGUGCAGGAGCUUCUAAUGGAGCAAUGGAUGCUGGGAACCUGUUAAAACCAAUGCUUGGACGAGGAGAGCUCCGUUGUAUUGGGGCGACCACAUUGAAUGAAUACAGAAAAUACAUUGAAAAGGACUCUGCUUUAGAACGGCGAUUUCAGCAAGUCUACUGUGGACAACCUUCUGUUGAGGAUACCAUAUCCAUCCUGCGUGGACUGCGUGAGCGAUAUGAGUUGCAUCAUGGUGUUAAGAUAUCGGAUAGUGCUCUCGUUGCAGCUGCGGUUCUGUCAGAUAGAUAUAUUACUGGCCGAUUUUUGCCUGAUAAAGCCAUUGACCUUGUUGAUGAGGCAGCUGCAAAGCUGAAAAUGGAGGUAACAUCUAAACCCACAGAAUUGGAUGAAGUAGACAGAGCAAUCUUGAAACUAGAGAUGGAGAAACUUUCACUGCAAAAGGACACCGACAAAGCAUCCAAAGAACGAUUGAGCAAGUUGGAGGCUGAUCUUGAAUUGCUUAAACAAAAGCAGACAGAACUUGCUAAACACUGGGAGCAUGAGAAAAACCUUAUGAAUCAAAUUCGAUCAAUCAAGGAGGAGAUUGAUAGAGUCAACCUGGAGAUGGAAGCCGCCGAACGGGAGUAUAACCUGAACCGUGCCGCAGAACUGAAGUAUGGGACACUGAUUUCUCUUCAGAGACAGCUUGAAGAGGCUGAGAGGAAGCUUGCCGAGUUCCAACAGUCUGGAAAUUCGAUGCUAAGGGAAGAAGUUACUGAUUUUGAUAUUGCUGAAGUUGUUAGCAAGUGGACUGGUAUCCCAGUCUCAAACCUUCAGCAGUCAGAGAGGGAGAAGCUGGUUUCCUUAGAAGAUGUCCUCCACAAGAGAGUUGUGGGCCAGGAUAUGGCAGUCACAUCAGUGUCCGAUGCUAUUCGCCGCUCUAGAGCAGGACUCUCAGACCCUAACCGGCCAAUAGCAAGCUUCAUGUUCAUGGGUCCAACUGGUGUUGGUAAAACAGAAUUGGCCAAAGCUCUUGCAUCUUACCUAUUCAACACUGAAAAUGCACUUGUUAGGAUUGACAUGAGUGAGUACAUGGAGAAGCAUGCGGUUUCCCGGUUAAUUGGAGCACCACCUGGUUAUAUUGGGUAUGAGGAAGGUGGUCAGCUGACUGAAGUUGUUAGGCGGAGACCUUACUCUGUUGUUCUCUUCGAUGAAAUCGAGAAGGCGCACCAUGAUGUCUUUAACAUUCUCUUGCAGCUCCUCGAUGAUGGAAGAAUCACUGAUGCACAGGGAAGAACAGUUAGCUUUACAAACUGUGUCAUCAUUAUGACAUCAAACAUUGGGUCACACCUCAUUCUUGAUACUCUUAAGAACACUCAGGAUGCGAAGGAGGUAGUGUAUGACCUAAUGAAAAAGCAAGUUGUGGAUCUGGCUCGGCAAACUUUCCGCCCGGAGUUUAUGAACCGAAUAGAUGAGUACAUUGUUUUCCAGCCUCUUGACUCUGAGCAAAUCAAGCGCAUUGUUCAAAUUCAGCUGAACCUGGUGAGGGACCGGCUAAAACAGAAGAAGAUUGAUCUGCACUUUACACAAGAAGCAAUUGAGUUGCUGGAAACAUUAGGUUUUGACCCGAACUUUGGAGCAAGGCCUGUGAAAAGGGUGAUACAACAGAUGGUGGAGAACGAACUAGCAGUCGGACUUCUGAGAGGAGAUUUCAAGGAAGAGGAUGCAGUCAUCCUUGAAGUCGUCAGUAUAUCAUCACUAAACAAAAGUCUCCCUCCAAAGAAGAAGCUAGCUCUCCGGAAACUGGAAAAUGCUUCCUCAGGUGAAGAGUUCUUGGUUGCCAAUGACUAAACAAACCAAAUGUGAGUUGUUUCUUUUGUUUCAUUGAAUAGAGAUAUUCAUAGAAUAAGCAUUCUGACCAACACUGUUUCACAAAAAAGAAUGGAAAUGGCAUGAGUAUAUAUAUUAUAUGUUAUUAU